AGAAGAAGUUUGCUGGAGAGGUGCCCAGCAGCGCUGGUUGAAAGACAGACUAGACCAACAAGAGGGUGAGUCCUGCUGAGAAAGGCAUUAUUCGAGUGUUGGGUGUCCUAGCGCGAGCAUGACUGCUGCCCUGAGCGCCUCUGUGAUGGAUCACGGUUUCCACAAGCGGAACCAAAGCUUCUUGGUCGGACAUCAUCACCAUCACCCCGUUGUUCACCAUCCGCACCACCACCACCACCACCAGAACUUUAACGGCGUGACCAGUUUCAACUUCAGUUCAGUGCCCGUUCAUUCGCAAUUGAGCAGCAGUGCCGGUGCUGAUCAAUCCAACAACAGCAACAGCAACAAUAACAACAAUAACAACAGCAACAACAGCGGAGUGUUGUCGUCGUCGUCAGUGACGUCCGCAGACACUUCGACGUCGACCAGCACUUUGACGAGCUCAUCGGCUGCGUCUUCUUCCGUGUCGUCGGCCAGUUCGUCCAAUUCCUCGGCCAUGCUGAACCCCUUCGCAAUGGACGGCGGCCACAUGGGCCUCAAGCUGGCCCAGUCCGGCUCGCACACGCACACGACCAUGUCGGCCGGCGACCAGGGCCAGCACUUUGCCCAGUCGGCCUAUCCGGUCUCUCACCAUCCGCACGGGCCGCCGCACGUCGGCUCCUACGCCGCCCGCGAUUUCCUCCUGCGACGCGACGCCAUGUCGACGCUGGACGCCCACUCGGGCCAGCACCACCACUCGCACAUGUUCCCGGGUCCUUCGGCGGCGGCGGCUCUGGCGGCCGAGCACGCGGCAGCAGCGGCGGCCGCUGCCGGCAACGUCUCCCACCACGCCGGCCCCCACCACGUCCUGUUCCCGGGCCUAGUGGCCGGCGACCACCACCAUCACCACCACCACCACCAGGCCGUCCAGCAGGCCAUGAACCACCAGCAGAUGCGGCUGCCCAUGGAAAUGUACUCGCGCGAGCAGUUCCACAGCGUGUCGGGCAUGACGGCGGCGGCGGCGGCGGCCAACCAGUUCCACACGGCCAUCAGCAACCCGAUGGCGUCGAUGACGCCCAUGGCCCACCACCACGCGGCCCACCACGCUCACCAGGCGGCCCAGGCGGCGGCCCAGGCGGCGGCCCACGCUCACGCCGGCUCGGGUGCCUUCUUCCGCUACAUGCGGCCGCCGAUCAAGCAGGAGCUGUCGUGCAUGUGGAUCGACGCCGAGCAGCCCAGCCCCAAGAAGACGUGCAACAAGUUGUUCAAUUCGAUGCACGAAAUCGUGACGCACAUCACAGUGGAACAUGUCGGCGGGCCCGAGUGCACCAAUCACGCCUGCUUCUGGCAGGGCUGCUGCCGCAACGGCCGCCCCUUCAAAGCCAAGUACAAACUAGUGAAUCACAUUCGAGUCCACACGGGCGAGAAACCCUUUCCGUGCCCCUUUCCCGGAUGCGGCAAAGUGUUCGCCAGGAGCGAAAACCUCAAAAUCCACAAACGGACGCACACAGGCGAGAAGCCGUUCAAAUGCGAAUUCGACGGCUGCGACCGGCGGUUCGCCAACAGCUCCGACCGGAAGAAGCACUCGCACGUGCACACGUCGGAUAAGCCGUACAACUGCAAAGUGCGCGGCUGCGACAAGUCGUACACGCACCCGUCGUCGCUGCGCAAGCACAUGAAGGUGCACGGCAAGAGCACGCCGCCCAACGGGUCCAGCUACGACUCGGACAAUCCGGACAACGACAGCGACAGCGACUCGUCGCCUUCCAGCUCGCCUUCGCCGACGCCCACCCCGUCGUCGACCGGCUCCCACGUCCAGGGACACACCGGCCUCGGCCACUCGGGCAACAACAGUCUGCUGGGCUCGUUGCCCAUCAACCACUCGACCAACUUGUCCGAGUGGUACAUUUGCCAAAGUGCGGCCGGCAUGCCUACCCCGCCGUCCACCGAGCACUCGCCCAUCGGACCAGUGACCCACUUACACCACCCAGCACCUUCAACAGUGGCUUACUGACCGCUCAAACAACAACCCAUCAAGUCACUUAGCGCUCGCUCAACAUUCUCUCCGUCUUGAAAAAUCGAUUGUCCAAUCAGGCCUUGACACACACACACGCACACACUCCCGCCUCUCUUUUUUUGUUUUUUUGAAUUUCGAUCCGGGUGCUCUACUACAGAAAUAUGAUUCGAUUCUUUUGACGUGGGCCCUUAUCUCUUUGACUCUAGACGAAACCUGUCAACAUCUGCAACGAUUAUUUAAAGACAAACACACGAAAAUGUAUCAUCAGUUUGAUGCCGCAAGUUGAUUAGAGCCGCCGCAACCACCAAUCACCACCACCACCACCUUCACCCCCAUUCAAUCCUCAAAAGGCUGCACUUGAUUCAGUUCUUUAAUUCUCUCACUUAUUACCUUCAGACUCCCAACUUGUGGCUUUUCAUCUUUUUUUUUCUUUCUUUUCAGAAGAACAUUUUGUUUUCUCCCUUUGAUACGUGACUACUUAUUAUUGUUUCAUUCGAUUCAGUAUCCGCAAUUUUUUUAGAUUUUUUUAAUUUGAUUUUUGAUUUUUACGAAAUAUCGAUUGAUCCGUCUGUACAGCCGUGCCCAUAUGCAAACGCCUGUGUGUAAAUUUUUGAAAAAGUCUGUGUAUACUACCUGCUAUCGCUAGUUCGUUGAGUGUUUAUGUCCGAAAAAAAAACUUGCAGAUCUACUCUUACAAGAAAGUAUUACAGUUGUUCUAUUAAAAAAAAUGUUCCGUUUGA